AUGGGACGUGGAAAGGCAUUGAUGCCACCCAAUGCUCAGAUCAAUCCUCAUGUACGCAGCCAAGCACCACUGGAAUCAUGUUCAAGAAUCAAGUCAAAGUCAAGCUCGCUCAAGACAAGCAGAAACCGUACAUCAAAGAGACCCAAUCAUCUGGUUGGCGUCCUCCAUCUGGCACUCAUAACAAGUACUGCCAACGCUCAAUAUCUACAUCCACGAGACACCAAUGUUCCUUUGCGCGUGACAAAUCAUUGUCCCGAGACAAUAUGGCCCGCAAUCCUGACGCAGAGUGGUAUCGGUCCUAAAAGUUCGGGAUUCGAGCUCGACUCUGGUGGUUCCAGUGCGCAGACUGUCAGUGGUGAUUGGAGGGGCCGGGUCUGGGGUAGAACGAACUGUUCAUUUCCCUCGGCAGGAGGCGGACCUGCAAGUGGACAGGGCGGUGUCGCGUGCGGGACUGGGGAUUGUGGAAUGUUCCUUGAAUGUCAGGGUGCGGGAGCAGCGCCUGCAACGCUAGCGGAGUUCACUUUGUCGAGUGCCACAUAUCAGUCAUUCUACGACAUCUCGCUGGUCGACGGAUACAAUCUUCCUAUGGGUAUCAUUUCUCUGCUUGGACAGACCGACAACUCCACUUUGACCGAUGUGCCACCCAACCUCACCAACCCCGUCUGCAUUGGGACGUCUUCCCUCCUCGCUCCAAUAGGUGACACAUCAGAUGCCACCUUCGGAUCCAAUACCACAUAUCCUAUCCCACUCGAGCAGUCAGUUUCUGCUUCCUUCAUUCAACAGUGGUGUCCGUGGCCACUCCAGUUGACUCCGCCUAAGAAGCCCGGUGAUGGAAUUUAUCCAUAUCCAGAUGACAAGAUCCAGCGACCACCGUUCAACCCCUGCCUCAGCGCGUGUGCGAAAUGGAACAAGCCCGAGUUUUGUUGUACUGGUAAGCACAAUACACCAGCCACAUGUUCGCCGAGUCUGUAUUCCACCCAAGCAAAGAAAAUCUGCCCAGAUGCAUACAGUUAUGCAUAUGAUGAUCAGACAAGUACUUUCAUCAUUCCCCAAGGUGGUGGUUUUGAGAUCGUCUUCUGUCCCGCAGGUCGAAGCUCGAAUAUCCUGGCCACUUUUGGUGAUCAAAUGCGACAAUUGGCACAAACGGGUCAUGUAACAAGAGACAUUGUGGAACUUGCCCAGAAUGUCACUUACAUCCAGGAGAAGAAUGACGCCAACACCGCCAUUGCCGAUCCCAGUGCAAGCCUGAUUGCACUGGUUGUUUUACUUGUCUGGAUGUGCUUAGGAGACUUCUGA